AGUAGUACUUUAUGGCAUGUCAUCAGUGCCACACUCCUCAAAACUGAAAGCCACGGCCUCUCCUCUGUUCCAAGACCUGGCAGGCAGCCAGCCCCUUUCUUCCUCCUGGUUUUACAGCCCUCUCCCAUCAUCAUUUGGAAUCGGAAUCCUGUUUAUGUGUCUGUCGAUUGCUUGUUCCUGUGAUCUUCCUCCAUCCUAGCCUAGCCCCCCUCAUCACAGGUCAAUAACACCCGGUCAUCCUCCAAGUAUCUUGUCACCCGGCUCCUGCUUUUCAGGUUCUUGCUUGCAGCACAGCCCCCUAUUAAUGCUUCCUCCUGUCAUUCUCAUGCUCAAAUCAGCCUUUCUCAGCCCCUUCUGGUUGCCGCCCGCUUGUUUUUGAAGUUGUUCUGAUUGGCUCUGUUGAUGCAAGAGUUUCAUCUUGAUUGACUUGAGGUGUUCUUCGCUUGGCUUUUCUUUUCGGUAAUCCCUUCCUCGAGCCCUGAAUUUAAGCUGGUUCUUGGUGCACGAAAGCAACGUCGAUUUAGGAAAAAAGAUCUUCCGUCUAUAAAAUAUUUCGUUCUGAUCUUUAAUUCCCUGCCAUGUAUAGCAGGGUUGGCGCUAGUUCUUGAUUGGUGGGAAAGAAAACGCUCGUAUUUAUUCCCGGCCAAUUUUUGAUCAGUUCUUGUUCCAAAGGUCGGCAAGGAAUCCCCAACUCCUGCCAUCGAUUAGCUCCCUAUCCGAUCAGGCUAGGCAGCGGGCGGGCGAUCAGAAUAAAUGGCGGUCGCCGGCGGCAGCGGCUGCCUGGCCAAGGCGGCGGCGGUGUUGGUGCUGGUUUUGUGCAUGGCGCGGUGGUCGGCUGCUGGCAUGGGCGUGAACUGGGGCACGCAGCUGAGCCACCCGCUGCCGGCGAGCACGGUGGUGCGGCUGCUCAAGGACAACGGCUUCGACCGGGUGAAGCUGUUCGACGCCGAGGACAGCAUCCUGGGCGCGCUCAAGGGGUCGGGGAUCCAGGUGAUGGUCGGCAUCCCCAACGACAUGCUCUGGGACCUCGCCGGCAGCACCAAGGCCGCCGAGCGCUGGGUCACGGCCAACGUCUCCAAGCACGUCAACGACGGCGUCGACAUAAGGUUGGUGGCCGUCGGGAACGAGCCGUUCCUGCAGACGUUCAACGGCACGUACCUGAACACGACGUUCCCGGCGAUGCAGAACAUCCAGGCGGCGCUGAUGACGGCCGGGCUGGGCAGCCAGGUGAAGGUGACGGUGGCGCUGAACGCCGACGUGUACCAGUCGGCGUCGGGGAAGCCGUCGGACGGCGACUUCCGGGCGGACAUCCACGGGCUCAUGCUCAACAUCGUGCAGUUCCUGGCGUCCAGCGGCGCGCCGUUCGUGGCCAACGUGUACCCGUUCAUCAGCCUGUACGCGGACCCCAACUUCCCGCUGGACUACGCCUUCUUCCAGGGCUCCACGUCGCCGGUGGUCGACGGCGGCGUGACGUACCAGAACACCUUCGACGCCAACCACGACACGCUGGUGGCGGCGCUGCGCAGGAACGGGUUCCCCAACGUGACCGUCGUGGUCGGCGAGGUCGGCUGGCCCACGGACGGCGACGCCAACGCCAACCCGGCGUACGCGCAGCGGUUCAACCAGGGCCUCCUGGACCACGUCGCCUCCGGCAAGGGCACGCCGCUCACGCCGGGCGCCCCCGUCGACGCCUACCUCUUCAGCCUCGUCGACGAGGACAGGAAGAGCAUCCAGCCGGGCAACUUCGAGCGCCACUGGGGCAUCUUCUUCUUCGACGGGAAGCCCAAGUACCAGCUCAGCCUCCGCGGCAAUGGCGGCGGCAUGCUUGUGCCGGCGAGGGGCGUCGAGUACCUCCAGAGGCGGUGGUGCGUGCUCAAGCCCGACGCCGACCUUGGCGACCAGAAGGUCGGCGACAGCGUCAGCUACGCCUGCGGCAGUGCCGACUGCACCAGCCUCGGGUACAAGACCUCGUGCGGCGGCCUCGACGCCAAGGGCAACGUGUCGUACGCGUUCAACAGCUACUACCAGACCGAGGACCAGGACGACCGAGCCUGCGACUUCCGCGGACUCGCCACCACCACCACCGUCGACCCCUCUACCGGGACGUGCCGGUUCAUCGUCGGGAUCGCCCCGACCAGCACGGCGACGAGGAACGUCGCGGCCAGGACAGCGGCCGUCUUCUUCGCGCUGUUGCUCGCAGGCGUGUUCUGAAUUCAGGAUUGUUAGUUUAGUUGUCAUCUUUCAGCUUUUCCUUUUUCUUGGCAGAAAUAGUAGCUCAUCUUGAUUGUCAAAUAGUCUUCUAUGUACUGUCCUUUGUGUGGUUUCCAGACCAGAAUACAUGGAACAUUGGCUGGCCUUC